AUGGAGUCCUACGUUAUUUCCCCCGACGGCGACAUGACGCUGGUGAUCAAAAACCCGAACGAAUUCUUUGCCAAGUGGCCCACUGCACCGAGCGAAAGCCAAACCAUGGCCACCAACACGUCAACCAAGACUGCACACAGUGCAGUAGGCGAAGAAGAAGAGAUUGAGCUAGAGAUCAUCAGCCCGCCUGCGGUUAUUGAGGUGCGGUUUCAAGUGUCCUCUGCACACCUCAUUCUUUCCUCGCCUUAUUUCCGAAGCUCGCUUACCGGCCCUUGGAAAGAGGCCCAGGCACUCAGAGACAACCAACCGGUCGAGAUGAUCUGCCCCGGCUGGGAUACUGAGGCCAUGUUGAUCUUCUUACAGAUCGCUCAUGCACAGCCAUGGGAGCUCCCCGAGACGGUCGAGACUGAGCUGCUCGCCAAGGUCGCUGUAGUCGCCGACUACUACGGCUGCCAGCGCCUUGUGCAAUAUUAUGCGGAGAGGUGGAUUGCAAAAGUUGACAUGCAGGCAGCAGUUGAAGGUAAAAGGGAUCUUGCCCUUUGGUUAUGGAUCUCAUGGUUCUUUGUCCAUCAUAGCAACUUCACGGUCUAUACGUCCUUCAUCAUUCAAAAGGCCAAGUCUACUAUCACGCCGCUCGGAUUGCCCAUUCCUUCGGCCAUAAUAGAUGCACUGAACAGGCGCCGCAUCAAUGAACUGAACCAUGUGUUCCAACGCAUCAACGAAGAACGUGGGAAGUUACUCAGCUUCGAUCAAAAUGGCCCCUGCACUGGAACCUGUCGGGCCUUUAUGCUUGGCGCGCUGAUCAGAAACCUCCACGCAAAUGAUAUGCUCGACGUGAAACCGCCCUACGAGGGCCUCAGCCUGGCGAAAGCGAUCACAUCCGUCAAGUUGUGCACCGCGCCACACUGGAAGGAGGCGGGUCUCGAAGACCGGGAUGCCAGUCCGUAUACUCACCACUCGUGUCGCUAUAGCACAUUUAUGAGCCUCUUCGGGGACCUGACGUACCAAGUGAGUGGUCUUGAUUUGGAUCGGUUCAGAGAGUGGCACGCGUGA